UUAGGUGUGGUCUUUGAAGGAGAAUUAAAAAAAAAAAAAAAAAAAGAAAAAAUGAAAAAAAGCAUGAUGGAAUUUUAUCUGCAGUCUUCUUGAUGCCAGUUUAUCAAUCCUAAAAUCUGAGUAUAAAAGAUUCUGCAGGGCACUUUCUUAUGCAAGGAGCUAAACAGUGACUAAAGCAGGAUGAGAAGAUGGCACAGUCGGUGCUGGUACCGCCAGGACCUGACAGCUUCCGCUUCUUUACCAGGGAAUCCCUUGCUGCUAUUGAACAACGCAUCGCAGAAGAGAAAGCUAAGAGGCCCAAGCAGGAGCACAAGGAUGAGGAUGAUGAAAAUGGCCCAAGGCCAAAUAGUGACUUGGAAGCAGGAAAAAACCUCCCGUUUAUUUAUGGAGACAUCCCUCCAGGGAUGGUGUCAGAGCCCCUGGAGGACCUGGACCCGUACUACAUCAAUAAGAAAACAUUUAUAGUAUUGAAUAAAGGGAAAGCAAUCUCUCGGUUCAGUGCCACCUCUGCCCUGUACAUUUUAACGCCCUUUAAUCCUAUUAGAAAAUUAGCUAUUAAGGUUUUGGUACAUUCUUUAUUCAAUGUGCUCAUUAUGUGCACCAUCCUUACCAACUGUGUAUUUAUGACAAUGAGUAAUCCUCCAGACUGGACAAAGAAUGUGGAGUACACCUUUACAGGAAUUUAUACUUUUGAAUCACUUAUAAAAAUACUUGCAAGGGGCUUUUGUUUAGAAGAUUUCACAUUUCUACGGGACCCAUGGAAUUGGUUGGAUUUCACAGUCAUUACUUUUGCAUAUGUGACAGAGUUUGUGGACCUGGGCAAUGUCUCAGCGUUGAGAACAUUCAGAGUUCUCCGAGCAUUGAAAACAAUUUCAGUCAUUCCAGGCCUGAAGACCAUCGUGGGGGCCCUGAUCCAGUCUGUGAAGAAGCUCUCUGACGUCAUGAUCCUGACAGUGUUCUGUCUGAGCGUGUUUGCAUUAAUAGGACUACAGCUAUUUAUGGGCAACCUGAGGAAUAAGUGUUUGCAAUGGCCCCCAGAUAAUUCUUCCUUCGGAAUAAACAUCACUUCCUUCUUUAACUACUCCUUGGAUGGGAACGGUACCGCUUUCAAUAAGACAGUGAGCACCUUUAACUGGGAUGAAUAUAUUGAGGAUGAAAGUCACUUUUAUUUCUUGGAAGGACAAAAUGAUGCUCUGCUUUGUGGCAACAGCUCAGAUGCAGGCCAGUGUCCGGAAGGAUACAUCUGUGUAAAGGCUGGUCGCAACCCCAACUAUGGCUACACGAGCUUUGACACCUUCAGUUGGGCCUUCCUGUCCUUAUUUCGUCUUAUGACACAAGACUUCUGGGAAAACCUUUAUCAACUGACACUGCGUGCUGCUGGGAAAACAUACAUGAUCUUCUUUGUGCUGGUCAUCUUCCUGGGCUCAUUCUACCUGAUAAAUUUGAUCCUGGCUGUGGUGGCCAUGGCCUAUGAGGAGCAGAAUCAGGCCACCAUGGAAGAGGCAGAGCAGAAAGAGGCUGAAUUUCAGCAGAUGCUCGAACAGCUAAGAAAACAACAAGAAGAAGCUCAGGCAGCAGCUGCAGCGACAUCUGCUGAGUCCAGAGACUUCAGUGGUGCAGGCGGGUUAGGAGUUUUCUCGGAGAGUUCUUCAGUAGCAUCCAAGUUGAGCUCCAAGAGCGAAAAAGAGCUGAAAAACAGAAGGAAGAAAAAGAAACAGAAAGAACAAUCUGGAGAAGAAGAGAAGGAAGACAGAGUCUGCAAAUCUGAAUCUGAAGACAGCAUUAGAAAAAAGGGUUUCCGUUUUUCCUUAGAAGGAAGCAGGCUGACAUAUGAAAAGAGGUUUUCUUCUCCACACCAGUCUUUACUGAGCAUCCGUGGCUCCCUUUUCUCUCCAAGACGCAGCAGUAGAGCAAGCCUUUUCAGCUUCAGAGGCCGAGCAAAGGACAUUGGCUCCGAGAACGACUUUGCUGAUGACGAGCACAGCACGUUCGAAGACAACGACAGCAGGAGAGACUCUCUGUUUGUACCACACAGGCAUGGAGAGCGGCGCCACAGCACCGUCAGCCAGGCCAGCCGUGCCUCCAGGGUGCUCCCCGUUCUGCCCAUGAAUGGGAAAAUGCACAGUGCAGUUGAUUGCAACGGAGUGGUUUCCCUAGUGGGGGGCCCUUCAGCUCUCACAUCUCCAACUGGACAACUCCUGCCAGAGGGGACGACUACCGAAACAGAAAUAAGGAAGAGACGGUCCAGUUCUUACCACGUUUCCAUGGAUUUUUUGGAAGAUCCUACAGCAAGGCAAAGAGCAAUGAGUUUAGCAAGUAUUUUGACCAACACCAUGGAAGAACUUGAAGAAUCCAGGCAGAAAUGCCCACCCUGCUGGUAUAAAUUUGCUAACCUGUGUUUGAUUUGGGACUGCUGUAAACCCUGGUUAAAAGUGAAACAUCUCGUCAACCUGGUCGUGAUGGACCCAUUUGUGGACCUGGCCAUCACUAUCUGCAUUGUCUUAAAUACACUCUUCAUGGCCAUGGAGCACUACCCCAUGACGGAGCAGUUCAGCAAUGUGCUGUCAGUUGGCAACCUGGUCUUCACUGGGAUCUUCACCGCGGAAAUGUUUCUCAAGAUCAUCGCCAUGGAUCCCUAUUAUUACUUUCAGGAAGGCUGGAAUAUUUUUGAUGGUUUCAUCGUGAGCCUUAGUUUAAUGGAACUUGGUUUGGCAAAUGUGGAAGGAUUGUCAGUUCUUCGAUCAUUUCGGCUGCUCCGAGUUUUCAAGUUGGCAAAAUCCUGGCCCACCCUGAACAUGCUAAUUAAGAUCAUCGGCAAUUCAGUGGGGGCUCUGGGGAACCUCACCUUGGUGUUGGCCAUCAUCGUCUUCAUCUUUGCUGUGGUUGGCAUGCAGCUCUUUGGCAAGAGCUACAAAGAAUGUGUCUGCAAGAUCUCCAGCGACUGUGAACUUCCGCGCUGGCACAUGCAUGACUUCUUCCACUCCUUCCUGAUUGUGUUCCGCGUGCUGUGUGGAGAGUGGAUAGAGACCAUGUGGGACUGCAUGGAGGUCGCUGGCCAAACCAUGUGCCUUACUGUCUUCAUGAUGGUCAUGGUCAUUGGAAACCUAGUGGUUCUGAACCUCUUCCUGGCCUUGCUUUUAAGUUCAUUCAGCUCUGACAACCUUGCUGCCACUGAUGAUGAUAACGAAAUGAACAACCUCCAGAUUGCUGUGGGAAGGAUGCAGAGAGGAAUUGAUUAUGUUAAAAGAAAAGCACAUGAAUUUAUUCAGAAAGCCAUUGUUAGAAAGCAGAAAGCUUUAGAUGAGACUAAACCUCUUGAAGAUCUGAAUAACAAAAAAGACAGCUGUAUUUCCAACCAUACCACCAUAGAAAUAGGCAAAGACCUCAAUUAUCUCAAAGAUGGGAAUGGAACUACCAGUGGCAUAGGAAGCAGUGUAGAAAAAUAUGUCGUGGAUGAAAGUGAUUACAUGUCAUUUAUAAACAACCCCAGCCUUACUGUGACUGUACCAAUUGCUGUUGGAGAAUCUGACUUUGAAAAUUUAAAUACUGAAGAAUUCAGCAGUGAGUCAGAUAUGGAGGAAAGCAAAGAGAAGUUAAAUGCAACUAGCUCAUCGGAAGGCAGCACAGUUGAUAUAGGAGCUCCCGCUGAGGGAGAACAACCUGAAGUUGAACCUGAAGAAUCUCUGGAACCGGAAGCCUGUUUCACAGAAGACUGUGUACGGAAGUUUAAGUGUUGCCAGAUAAGCAUAGAAGAAGGCAAAGGAAAACUCUGGUGGAACUUGAGAAAAACUUGCUAUAAAAUAGUGGAGCACAACUGGUUUGAAACCUUCAUUGUCUUCAUGAUUCUGCUCAGCAGUGGGGCACUGGCCUUUGAAGAUAUAUAUAUUGAGCAGCGAAAAACAAUUAAGACCAUAUUAGAAUAUGCUGACAAAGUUUUCACUUACAUAUUCAUCCUGGAAAUGCUUCUCAAGUGGGUUGCAUAUGGUUUUCAAAUGUAUUUUACCAAUGCCUGGUGCUGGCUAGAUUUUUUGAUUGUGGAUGUCUCCUUGGUCAGCUUGACUGCAAAUGCCUUGGGUUACUCAGAACUUGGUGCCAUCAAAUCCCUCAGGACACUGAGAGCUCUGAGGCCACUGAGAGCCUUAUCCCGCUUUGAAGGAAUGAGGGUUGUUGUCAAUGCUCUUUUAGGAGCCAUUCCAUCCAUAAUGAAUGUACUUCUGGUUUGUCUGAUCUUUUGGCUAAUAUUCAGUAUCAUGGGAGUGAAUCUCUUUGCUGGCAAGUUUUAUCAUUGUAUUAACUACACCACUGGAGAAAUGUUUGAUGUCAGUGUAGUCAACAACUACAGCGAAUGCAAAGCCCUCAUAGAGAGCAAUCAAACUGCUCGGUGGAAAAAUGUGAAAGUAAACUUUGAUAAUGUAGGACUUGGAUAUCUUUCUCUGCUUCAAGUAGCCACAUUUAAGGGAUGGAUGGAUAUCAUGUAUGCAGCUGUUGAUUCACGAAAUGUAGAAUUACAACCCAAGUAUGAAGACAAUCUCUACAUGUACCUUUAUUUUGUCAUCUUUAUUAUUUUUGGUUCAUUCUUUACUCUGAAUCUUUUUAUUGGUGUCAUCAUAGAUAAUUUCAACCAACAGAAAAAGAAGUUUGGAGGUCAAGAUAUUUUUAUGACAGAAGAACAGAAGAAAUACUAUAAUGCAAUGAAAAAACUGGGUUCAAAGAAGCCACAAAAACCCAUACCACGGCCUGCUAACAAAUUCCAAGGAAUGGUUUUUGAUUUUGUCACCAAACAAGUCUUUGAUAUCAGCAUCAUGAUCCUCAUCUGCCUGAACAUGGUCACCAUGAUGGUGGAAACUGAUGACCAGAGUCAAGAAAUGACAAACAUUCUGUACUGGAUUAAUCUGGUGUUUAUCGUCCUGUUCACUGGAGAAUGUGUGCUGAAACUAAUCUCUCUCCGUUACUACUAUUUCACCAUUGGAUGGAAUAUCUUUGAUUUUGUGGUGGUCAUUCUAUCCAUUGUAGGCAUGUUUCUGGCUGAGCUGAUAGAGAAAUAUUUUGUGUCCCCUACCCUGUUCCGAGUGAUCCGUCUCGCCAGGAUUGGCCGCAUCCUACGUCUGAUCAAAGGGGCCAAGGGGAUCCGCACGCUGCUCUUUGCUCUGAUGAUGUCCCUCCCCGCGCUGUUUAACAUCGGCCUCCUGCUCUUCCUGGUCAUGUUCAUCUACGCCAUCUUCGGGAUGUCCAACUUUGCCUAUGUCAAGAGGGAAGUUGGAAUCGAUGACAUGUUCAACUUCGAAACCUUUGGCAACAGCAUGAUCUGCCUGUUCCAGAUCACCACCUCUGCUGGCUGGGACGGGCUGCUGGCACCUAUUCUCAACAGCGGGCCUCCAGACUGUGACCCUGAAAAAGAUCACCCUGGAAGCUCAGUGAAGGGAGACUGUGGGAACCCAUCUGUGGGGAUUUUCUUUUUCGUCAGCUACAUCAUCAUAUCCUUUCUGGUGGUGGUGAACAUGUACAUCGCUGUCAUCCUGGAGAACUUCAGUGUCGCCACUGAGGAAAGCGCAGAGCCCCUGAGUGAGGAUGACUUUGAGAUGUUCUAUGAGGUCUGGGAGAAGUUUGACCCCGAUGCCACCCAGUUUAUAGAGUUCUCCAAGCUCUCUGACUUUGCAGCUGCCCUGGAUCCUCCCCUUCUGGUAGCAAAGCCAAACAAAGUCCAGCUCAUCGCCAUGGACCUGCCCAUGGUCAGUGGGGACCGGAUCCACUGCCUCGACAUUUUAUUUGCCUUUACAAAGCGUGUUUUGGGUGAGAGCGGAGAGAUGGAUGCCCUUCGAGUACAGAUGGAAGAGCGGUUCAUGGCCUCGAACCCAUCCAAAGUCUCCUAUGAACCCAUCACCACCACUUUGAAACGCAAACAAGAGGAGGUGUCUGCCACCAUUAUCCAGAGGGCUUAUCGAUGCUACCUCUUGAAGCAAAAAGUGAAGAAGGUUUCAGCUAUAUAUAAGAAAGACAAAGAAGGUCAUGGAACACCUAUCAAAGAAGAUAUCAAGGAAGAUAUCCUUAUUGAUAAACUGAAUGAGAAUUCAACUCCAGAGAAAACCGAUGUGACACCUUCUACCACAUCUCCACCUUCCUAUGAUAGUGUGACCAAACCGGAGAAAGAAAAAUUUGAAAAAGACAAAUCAGAAAAGGAAGACAAAGGGAAAGAUAUCAGGGAAAGUAAAAAGUAAAAAAAAAAAAACAAAAAAAAAAACAAUAUUUCUUUUUGUGAUCAAUUGUUUACAGCCUGUGAUGGUGGUGUAUCAGUGUCAACAAGACUCCCACAGGAGGUCUAUGCCAAACUGACUGUUUUUACAAAUGUAUACUUAAGGUCAGUGCCUCUAACAAGACAAGGACCUCUGGUCAGCCAACUGGGACUCAACAAACCGGAAAAUCAGCAUUGACAGGAGGUUUCUGUUUUCACAACCAGCUGACACUGCUGAAGAGCAGAGAUGUAAUGGCUACUCAGACUAAAGGAACCCAUUUAAAGGGGGGAGGGAGGUUAAAUUUUUAUGUAAAUUCAACACGUGACACUUGAUAACAGUAAUGGUCACCACUGUUUAUGUUUCACUGCCGCACCUGCCAUAUUUCUACAAAAUGUACGCUGUGAAUUUAUUGCUUUUUUGUUUGUUUGUUUGUUUGUUUUAAUUCACAGGUUGUUUACUAUUAUAUGUGACUAUUUUUGUAAAUGGGUUUAUGUUUGGGGAGAGGGAUUAAAGGUAGGAAAUCUUUACAUUUCUCUACUGUAUAAUGAUAUAUUUUAAAUGAAGGCAUGCUGCACUUCUCAUUCACACGUGAAAAAAAAAUCAUAUCACAAAAGGAAAGAGUUUACUUCUUGUUUCAGGAUGCUUUUUAGAUUUUUGAGGUGCUUAAAUAGCUAUUCAUGUUUUUAAGGUGUCUCAUCCAGAAAAAAAUUUAAUGUGCCUGUAAAUGUUCCAUAAAAUUCACGAGCAUUAAAGAACUCUUUUAUUUUUACAUAAUUCAUUAUAUGUACAUGUAUAUAUGUAUAUAUGUAUAUGUGCGUGUAUAUACAUAUAGAUGUAUAUACACACACCAUUACAUAGUCAUUCAGAAUUCUGGCAGCAUGACUAUAACAUUUUUGAUAAGUGCCCUUUGGCAUAAAAUAAAACUAUUCUAUCAGUCCUUUCUAAGAACCUGAACUGACCAAAAAGCAUCCCCCACCACCACUUUAUAAAGUUGAUUCUGCUUUUUUCCUGCAGUAUUGUUUAGCCAUUUUCUGCUCUUGGUAAGGUUGACAGUGUAUAUGUCAAUUUAAAAAAAUAAAAUAAAAGUCUGCUUUG